AUGGCCACGACGGUGGUGGCGGACAGCAUCGACAAUGACACUCGAGGUUGGAUUAUGUGUGUUGUCAGCGGCAUUGCCUGCGUUCUCGGUGCUUCCAUAAUGUUUUCCGCGCUGUAUAGCAUGCUACCCGAGUCCAAGGAGUAUUUCGAACAGGCAAAAUGGUCCAAACAAGCCGCUGGUUUGACCAUGAUGGCCUGCUUCAUCACCGGCUUCAUCGGAAUCCAGGCUAUUUCACGGCUACUCCACCAGUUCAUGCCAACUCACGUUGUGGACUGCGAUCAUACCCAUGACAAGGCCGCUAACAAAGACAACGAAGCCUGCCAGCAUAGCAGAAGACAGUCGAGGGCAAGUCGUGCCCGUCACCGAAUAUCCCGACCUUCCUCAUCGCAUGUCCCCGUCGACAAGUCUCUGACGAGAGUCGCAAAUGGACACGACCAUGAUGCUCCCGUUGAAUCCACUCCUCUCCUGGAGUCUGCACGGAACGGCCAAGCCAGGGUCCCUAAGCGACAUGCAUCUGCCCGUGGGGACGAGAUGCAGCAACGUCCCUUCAGUCCUACCUCCGCUAACCAACCCCGACCUCUCAGCAGCAGUACCGAGGCCUUGUCAGAGAGGAGGAAAUCCAUUCGCGAAGUUCAAAAACGGGUCAUGUCCUUUGUACAAGAUACCAAGUGCAACUGUGAUGAGCUCAACUCUUGCUAUGGAUACACAGACCCAUGUGGUCAGGAGUGUUUCAAGCAUUUGGGCAAUCGGUCUGGACUUCCUCCUCGGCAACCUCAUAUCCUUCGUACUACUACUGGAUCCUUUCUAGGCCGUGGUCAUGACCAUCCGCAUGACCAUCAUGAUCACCACCACCAUUCCCACGUUGAGGACAUCGACGAAAGCGAGCCCCUGAGCCCGAGUUUCCGAACAAGCAGGGCCAAAUCGCGCGAACCGAUUGACCCCAACGCUCCGACUGAGGUUUCCGAUCAUGACUCCUCGUGCUCAUCGAUGGAGCAGGAUGAUGACGUCGAGGCUCAGCAUCAUCACCACGUGCCGACCAAUGCUUUCCUGUCAAUUGGUCUGCAGACGUCUAUUGCCAUUGCGUUGCACAAGUUCCCCGAAGGCUUCAUCACCUAUGCCACCAACCACGUCAACCCAGCUCUUGGCUUCAAUGUCUUCAUGGCCCUAUUUGUGCACAAUAUCACGGAAGGGUUUGCCAUGUGUUUGCCCCUUUACAUGGCUCUCGGCUCCCGCUGGCGUGCCAUGGCUUGGUCUGCGUUCCUGGGGGGUCUGUCUCAACCCAUCGGCGCGGGUAUUGCGGCAUUGUGGUUCAAGCUCGCGAGUCGCACAAACAUGACACCCAACUCGGUUGCUUACGCGUGUCUAUUCGCUGCCACCUCGGGUAUCAUGGUCAGUGUCGCUCUGCAGUUGUUUGUGGAGAGCCUGAGCCUUAAUCACAACCGCAAUCUGUGCAUCUUGUUUGGCUUCCUGGGUAUGGUGCUGCUGGGACUGAGCAAUGCUCUAAUUGGAUCGCAUUGA